AAGUGCAUGAUUAAAAUUUAUGUUUCUAGAUAAUGGGUUCUUGGGAGGAGAAUGUUAGGCAAUUUUUGUUGGAGGAGGAGGAAGAUGAUGAUGAAUUAUUCUUUGUUAUUCUCCCUGCUAUAAUCCCAUACCUCUCGGAAGAGAAAAGACCCAUCCACACAUCCUCCCUCACCGGUGCUAAAAAGGUUAAAGAAAUUCUUGAAGGGCAUGAGAGCUGGUGCAAAUCUGAGUUUAGAAUGGAAAAGGAAAUAUUCAAAGCCACGUCAAAUUUUCUUAGAAGGGAGAAUUUACUACGUGACACACGAGGAGUUAGUGUUGAGGAGCAACUUGGGAUGUUCAUGUAUAUGAUCUCCCACAACGCCAGUAACCAAAUGCUACAAAAGGCUUUUCAACACAGUGGAGAGACUAUCCAUCGAAAAAUAUCUGAAGUUUUUGAGAUAGUUCCCAUACUAACUCAACGAUUUGUGAAGCUUCCUAGCUCAGUUCAAACUCAUGCUAGGAUUGCAACAGAUUCUAGGUUCAUGCCCUUUUUUCAGAAUUGCCUUGGUGCCAUUGACGGCACACAUGUACCCAUCACUAUCGCAGAAGACAGGGCCCCUCCAUAUAGAAAUAGAAAAGGAACUCUUUCACACAAUGUUAUGGUAGUCUGCGACUUUGAUCUCAAUUUUACAUUUGUCUCAUGUGAAUGGGAAGGGUCGGCAUCAGACGCAGGAGUGCUUCGAUCUGCUAUUAGCAAAGGAUUUAGUGUGCCAGAAGGAAAGUUUUAUCUUGUAGAUGGUGGGUAUGCAAAUACACCAUCAUACAUUGCACCAUACAGAGGUGUUCGAUACCAUCUCAGUCAAUUUAGGAGGAGUCGUUCAUCACAAAGUGGUUAUGCAAACUACAAAGAGUUAUUCAAUCAUCGCCAUGCAAUUCUCCGCAACCAUAUAGAGAGGGCCAUUGGUGUUCUUAAGAAAAGGUUCCCAAUUUUAAAAGUAGGCACAUUCCAUCCCAUAGAAAAUCAAAUCAAGAUCGCAGCUGCAGCCAUUGCAUUUCACAACAUAAUUAGAGGGCAAAAUGGUGAUGAAGGAUGGCUGGACAACCAACUAGAUUAUAUAUCUCCAAGUCAAUAUGUUGAUGUCCCUGGGGGAGACAACAAUUAUCCCAAUGACACAGAGUCAAGUGAUGGAAGUACACUAAGAGAUCAGAUCGCACUACAGAUGUGGGCUGCCUACAAUAGUUGAUUAGCUUAAGUUUAAAUACAAUAAGGCACUGCAGAUGUGGAGUUUUUGCUAUGUCUAGUUUUCUACCAUGCUUGUUAAUUCGGGAACAAUAUUGUAAUGUCGUUGUUGCCAUUGUAAUGUUGUAAUGCAACUAUUUGUCUUAUCUAC